GUCGUCGUUCCCCCAACCUCAAAUGGAGAACCACAACAACAAGAACUCUGCAUGAUCAUCACAUUCUCUCUGUCGUGCAUCUGCCGUCAAUUCCCAAGGGAAAAAACAAUUCGACCAUUUGGGUCCAUGUCAUCCACUGGCCGUCCCUCCGGUUCAGUCCUUUUUUAACCCCUCAAUAAAAAAAGUAAAAACCCACCUGCAUCAUUUUAUUCUUUGGAAGCAUGAUUAUUAUUUUUAUGGUUUAUAUUAUUUUAUUUCGGAUCUGCACCAUCGCCUUUUUCACCAAACCCGCUUCGUCGUCGACCGCCUCUUCAGUCCCCACGGCCCGGACCCAACUUCUCCUCUUCGUCUUGGAGCUGGUAAAGGCUAAAGCUGUCACCGCGUCAGGGGCUUGUCGAGUUAUUCCCUUUCCUACUCCGUACUAACUAAUUACUCUUUUCCUCCUCCCUCCCACCACCACAACAACAAC